ACCAACAAAGCAAGACUCAAUGAACAAAGUAAAACACAGCGAAGCAAGACUGACGGAGCAAGGCCUGAUGAAGUUAGACACAACAAAGCAAGACCUAACAAAUUAAGAUCUAACAAAGUAAGAUCCGAUGAAGUAAGACCCAACGAAGCAAAAACCAACGAAAUAAGUACGACCCACGAAGGAAGUCCCAAUGAAGCAAGACCAAAUAAACAAAACGCGACGAAGCAAGACCCAACGAAGACCCAGUGA